AUGAUUGUCGAGAUUUAUCCAACACGAACAGAGUUUUAUGUUGGCUUCAAGAUGUUCCGUUUUACCUCGACAAAUCUCUACGAUGAUACCUGGCAACACGUGUGUCUCACCUGGGAAAACACUCAAGGAGUAACGAAACUCUAUAAAGAUGGCCAAUUUACCGGACAUGUAACAAAUAAUGAAACUAAGAACUAUACACUUAAGGCUGGCGGCGCUCUGGUGCUUGGACAAGAGCAGGACUCUAUUGGCGGAGGCUUUAAUCGUAAGCAAACUCUUCAUGGCCGAUUGGCAAGUAUCAACAUGUGGGAUAAAGUGCUGUCCGAAAGCGACAUUGCCGCUCAGUACACAAAUUGCAGCGUACCUCAUGGUUCUGUUUUUAACUGGUCUGUAUUCAAAAGUCUUACUCGUGGCAAUGUCACAGUUGAAGAGCCGUGA